GAAGUGUCGCGGAUUUUUCUGUCCCGGAACUGAGAGACGCCCAGGAAUUGAGAGACGCUCCCUGCCGUGACAGCGGGCGUGCGAGUCCACCCAGCGAGAAGGGGCGGACAUUUCUAGCGUGAACUGUGCGGACAAACUGCAGAGCCGAGAACAGGAAUCGCGCAGCAAAGCACAACCGCACAAUGGUAAGACACUGCGGACUCGUAACAGCUAAGAACACCCCAGUUCCUCUGAAGAAGAUCUCGGUGCGAGUGGAGGUGAAGGGGUUUGUGGCUGAUGUGUCUGCAGACCUGGAGUACAGGAAUGAGGAGGCUUCUCCGCUGGAGGCCCUGUUCACAUUCCCCGUGGACAGCGAUUCUGCCGUCUACAACUUCCAAGCCACAGUGGACGGGAAGACCAUCGUGGCCGAGAUAAAGGAACGGGAACAGGCUCGGGACGACUACGACGAUGCCAUCUCCUCCGGCCAGGAGGCCUUCCUGCUCGAGGAGGACAGCAGUAGCAGUGACAUCUUCACCUGCAGGGUGGGCAACCUGCCCCCAGGCUGUGCGGCCACCGUCUCCUUCAGCCUGGCCCAGGAACUGCCCCUCGAGGCUGAUGGUGCCAUCCGCUUCACCCUGCCCGCUGUCCUAAACCCCCGGUACUGCCCCGCAGGUACCCAGGGUCCCCAUAUACCCCAGGCCAGUGCCCCUGUGGACAAGCCACUCUACACUUUGGAGCUGGAGGCUCAUUUCCACAGCCCACACGGGAUCUCCCGGAUCCAAUCCAAUUGCCAAGUGACACCCGUGGAAUUCCUCAAUCCUGACAAGACGUCAGCCAAGCUCUCCCUGGUGAAGGGUCAGGGCUUCGACAGAGACCUCGAGCUCUUGAUGUUCUCCGAGAAGAUCGAUGAACCGAGCACCAUCCUCGAGGCAGGACUGGGUUCUGCUGCUCCAGGGACCCUGUUGGCCGACCCCACUGUCAUGGUGAAUCUCUUCCCCCGAUUUCCUGAGGAUUCCCAGGGCGUGCCGGCAGGCGAGUUCAUUUUCCUCAUGGAUCAGUCGGGCAGUAUGGGAACGUCGAUGUCCCACGGAAACGCCCGGUCCCGGAUCCAGUGCGCCAAGGACACACUGCUCCUGCUCCUCAAGAGCCUUCCCAUGGGAUGCUUCUUCAACAUUUACGGAUUUGGGAGCCACUUCACCUCGUUCUUCCCGAAGAGUGUUGAGUACAAUCAGACCUCCAUGCAAGAAGCACUGUCUAAACUGAAGGAGAUCAAUGCGGAUAUGGGUGGGACAGAGAUCCUGCAGCCCCUGUCGGCCAUCUACACAACACCCUGCGUGCCAGGACACCCGCGACAGAUCUUUGUGUUCACGGACGGUGAGGUGUUCAACACCAAGCAGGUGCUGGCUGAGGUUCAGAAGAACAGCCCCAGCCACAGGUGCUUUUCCUUUGGGAUUGGUGAGGGGGCCUCCACAGCGCUGAUCAAAGGCAUCGCCAAGGCGGCCAACGGGAGUUACGAAUUCAUCACCGGGGAAGACAGGAUGGAGCCCAAGGUUCUCCGGACCCUGAAGUACGCCCUGCAACCCAGCGGGACCGGGCUGAGCCUCAGCUGGGACCUGCCCCCAGGGGUGGAGGCCGUACUGCUGUCACCCCUCCCCAGCGCGCUCUUCAACCAGCAGAAAACCAUCGUCUACGCCCAGCUGAAGGGGCAGGUGGACUCCACACUGGGGUGUGGAGUGAUGCUGAAAUAUUCACUGGGGGAGCAGCAGAUACAGGUUGUGAGCAGGUUCAGUUUGAAACCAGUCGAGUGCGGGAGCUCCUCUGUCCACCGUCUGGCAGCCAAGGCUCUGCUGGGAUCUCUGGAACUCGGGCCGGACCGCGACACGGAGCAGGUGAAGAGGCGUCUGGUUGAGAUCAGUACCCAGGCCAACGUGGUCUGUUCGCAGACGGCCUUCAUCGCCAUCAACAAGGAGCUCGGCCAGGCCGUGCAGGGACCCCUUAUCCGCAGGGACGUCCCCCUCUUUGUAGGCACAUGUCUGUUUCAGAUGCCGGCGGUGCAGUCGAUGCCAAUGAUGCAGUCGAUGCCAAUGAUGCAGUCGAUGCCAAUGAUGCAGUCGAUGCCAAUGGUAUUUCAGUCAGAAACAGUGCCAAGGAUACAGUUGAAAGCAUCAAAGAGCUCAGUGAUGCCGCGAGCGAUGGCCGUCAAUUUUGCCCAGGUCCACAGACUAUCCCCGUCAGCCUCCUCGAAUGCAGAGGCACUUUAUGAUUCCUCGAUGGAAGAUUGCUCAGACGAGUCCGUCUGUAUGCCCCAGGCACUUUAUGAUUCCUCGAUGGAAGAUUGCCCAGACGAGUCCGUCUGUAUGCCCCCAUUUGAACGUCUGUGCGGCCGUGUCACCAACACCGUGACUCCCCCUGCCCCAGAGGAGUCUCCGGUGCUGAAGCUGAUCGCGCUGCAGAACGCUGACGGGUCGUGGGCCCCGGACCCCAGCCUGGAGUCACUGCUGGGCCUGAAGCCCGGCCAGGUCAGAGGAGGCCUGCCCCUGAAGGAUAUGGACCUCACUCUGUGGAGCACCAUCUUGGCCGUGAUCUGGCUGAACGCCUUUGCUGCCGACUCCAAGGACGAGUGGGAUCUGCUGGUGAAGAAGGCCCUGUCCUGGGUCAAGGCCCGAGCAGGUGCGGACCUCGUGGAGUGUGUGAAAGCAGGAAACCGGCUUUUGAAAACCUCUGUUCUACCUGAGACACUCGGACUGUGAGGGAAUUCUUGAUGAAUCUGUGUAUCCGACACGCGGUUGUCUCUGCCUGUGUCCCUGCCACUGUGAGCUGUCACCUCAGCGGCCGCCUUCUCUGAACUGUAGCUUGCUCAAAGCCAAAGUAAUUUUACUGUUCUCCGUAUUCUACCUGGAGAUUUGCUUUCUGCAGCAUUUGCAGGAUAGUUAACAAAUUCACUAGAAUUUAUGAAAAAUUAUACAUAAACAAUGUGUAAAAGA